GGGGAACUGAACUGAAGUGCAGAUCGUCAUCAUCGUGUCACUCAACAGUUUGUGAACAGACCUGAGGCGCACAGGGAGAGCAGCGUCUGCGCAGCAUCACCUCUCCUUUUCAGUCAUGGGUGUGAAGAGGCAGGACAACUUGCCACCUGAAGGCCUGUCUGUGUGUGUUUCUGUGUGUGUUGUGGGGGAGGGGUGACACAGGGGAGAGCCGUAUAUCUGUCUCUGUGAAAGUACAGUGACAGAGUUCUCUGGGUUUGAUGGAACGUCUCUUCCCUCUGCUCCUGCUCUCCUCCCUCCUCCCAGGUAAGGUUCUCAGCUGGAGGUGAGAAGAACCCCUGGACUGAACCCUGGUCCUGGGUCCACCACAUCUGCUUCUUUCAACUUAAUCCACAGAUGAGCUGUGUGUCGAAAGGGUUUACCAUCCAACUGUGGUAUAAAUACGGUGUCCAAAAGUUGUGGACCUUCAUGGAAACUGCAGGGGUUUUUAUACGGAGCCUCUUGAUGAACUCAGUCGCUGAAACUGAGUGCUUCUACAGCAGCUCAGCAUGUCCAAAGCGCCAGGAAGAAGGACGUGUUUGUGAAAAGUGAAGCCAAAGCCCUUUCUCCCUGUGGAAACCAUGUUUGGGGUCGUGACCGUAGCGGUUAUGAACAAGGUGAAGAGCAGUCUCGUGGUUCUCUUCCUGUCCAUUGCAGACCUUCUCCACGGCCUCGCGCUUGUAGAAAGAAGGCAGCUGACAGCAAUGAAGGGCAGGUCCAUCACCCUCGAGGCCGGCACCGCAGAGCUGCGGAGGGACUCGCACGUGGUCUGGUUGUUCGGCUCGCCAGAACCCACCACGGUGAUGGCCGCGCUCUUCGACGGACGGAGCUCCACGGACUACAGCGACAGGUUUGGGGACAGACUGCAGCUCGACACCAGGACAGUGUCCCUCACGCUGAGCAACCUGUCCACCGGCGACACCGGGAUUUACCAGCUGAAGCUGCUGAAGGGAGACCUUCCUGUGGCAACGUUCACCUUGUCUGUGUACGACCAUGUGUCCAAACCUCAGAUGAUAUCACUGUGGAGCAAUGACACCUGCAGGGUACUGUGUUCAGUGGAGAACGACAGAGAUGUGACCCUCCUGAACCAGACCAGCAGUCCUCAUCUCAACACCACCCUCUCUCUCCCUCUGGACAUAGAGGAGCAGGACAGUGACACCUACAGCUGUGUGUCCUCCAACCCAGUGAGCACACAGAGCGAGAGGCUGGACACUGAGACGCUCUGCUAAGCACACAGCACCCCAUCAACCCCCCCUCUGGAAAAGUGGGUGUUCCCCUCUCUCUGCAGCUUCCUGCUCAGCCUCCUGCUUGCGGGGGUUUACGGGAAACGACACGAGACGCGACGAAAAGCCACAACAGCAU